GCUCGCAACUAAAUCCAUUCCCUUUAUCACUGACUUCAGCAGCAACUAGUCUCCGCUCAGCUGCAAGAAGCUAGCAGAAGGUGCAAAACAAAAAGCGUGGAGACCAAGAGGCUAGUCUUCGUUGCUUAUCGAUCUUCUCUCCUGCAGCUAAUUGGAUCACCGCCACUUGAUUUGUGCUACCCCGAAUCCAAUCGAUCUGCUGUACCUUGACUCAGGUCAUGUGUAGUUUAAUUUCUGUGCAGGAAUUACAAAGAAUAGGCCAAGAAGCAACUAAUUAAGCUAGAAGACUUCAUCGGCCAGCCCGAUUGCGCGCUGCAAGAAUUUGUCAGGGGGAGGAGGAAGACGAAGAAGCAAGAGGCCAAGAGAAGCAGAAGCCUCAAGCUGGCCAACCAGUGGUGGAACGAAGGGAGGCUGGGCCUCCCAGUACCCACGGAGGCGCUGCCGCUUUCCUCUUCAGCCCACGACAGCAACAAGAACCAGCCGGGCAGCCAAGACAUGGCGGCGCCCGGCAAGGACGGGGAGCAGAGCCAGAGCGGCACGGGUGGCCACAUCGACGGCCGCGAUGACGUCGACGGCGAGCCCAAGGAGGGAGCGGUGGUGCCGCCCGUCAACCGGCGCCCGCGCGGCCGGCCGCCGGGGUCCAAGAACAAGCCCAAGCCGCCCAUCUUCGUGACGCGGGACAGCCCCAACGCGCUGCGUAGCCACGUCAUGGAGGUCGCCGGCGGAGCGGAUGUCGCGGAGUCCAUCGCCCGCUUCGCGCGCCGCAGGCAGCGCGGCGUCUGCGUGCUCAGCGGCGCGGGGACCGUGGCCGACGUCGCCCUGCGCCAGCCGGCCGCGCCCGGCGCCGUCGUGGCCCUCCGUGGCCUCUUCGAGAUCCUGUCCCUCACCGGCACGUUCCUCCCGGGCCCCUCACCGCCGGGCGCCACCGGACUGACCGUCUACCUCGCCGGCGGGCAGGGGCAGGUGGUCGGAGGCAUCGUGGUCGGCUCGCUCACGGCGGCUGGGCCGGUCAUGGUGAUGGCGUCCACGUUUGCCAACGCGACGUACGAGAGGCUGCCGUUGGACGAAGAAGUUGAUGAGGAAGCCAUGGAAGCUGGCCGGCCUGGCGGUGGUGGUGUCCCUCCGAUGAUGGGCGGCGGGCUGCCCGAUCCAUUGGCGAUGCCAAUGUACGGGGCCGUGCCACCCAACCUGCUCCUGCCUGGAGGCGGUCAGCUCGGCCAUGGCGCCGAGGGGAGUGCAUGGCCGCAUGCACGCCCGCCGUACUAGAGGAUCUCCAUAUACAAUAGUGACAGUUUGCACUUUGCAAGCAUGAAGCACAAGGACUUCAACUCAAUAUGACAAUAAGAAGAUGCAUAUUUUCAGUUACAGCAUAUGUAUGGCCUGGGGUAAGUAUACUUCAUUGCUUGCCAAGAUCUUGCAUGGUGUGUUCUAUGUUAAGGUUUCAGCCAGACAGUUACAUAUUUUGAGGAAUUGAUGUAUAAUUGUAUGGUUAUUGAACCUGGGUCCUCGCAGUAUGACUCUCUAUCUUUUGCUGAUUUGAAUGGAUCAUAUAUAUUAUUCAAAAGGUACUUCAG